UUUAUAUAAAUCACAUAUAUGUUUGAAAUAUGUCAAAAUUAGAUACAAAUUAGUUGCUCGAAGUUCUAAAUAUUCUAUAGAAUACAUCCGUUUUUGCUCAUUCAUUUCCGCCUCGUACCACAAUACCCUAACAUGGCUGGCGUCGCACUGAUUACUGGGGGAGCAUCUGGAAUGGGACUUGCAGUUGCAACGUCUCUUUCAAAGAAAGGCUGGACGGUCAACAUCGCCGAUCUGAACGUGCAAAGGGGCGAGGAGGUAGCAGCAGAACUGUCGGGCUCCUUCUUCAAAACGGAUGUCAACAACUACGCAUCCCUGUCAAACACGUUUGAUCAGGUGUUCAGGAAAUAUAAUAGUCUGAACUUCGUCUUUGCAAAUGCAGGCGUCGGAGAGCGAAAGAACUUCUAUGCAAAAACGGAUGCGAUCUCAGGUCCACCAACCGAGCUGGAUUUCAUCAUCGAUAUAGAUCUUAAAUCCGUCAUCAAUUCCGCCUACCUUGCACAGCAUUACUUUCGUAAGAACCCUAAGGGAGAACAAGCCUGUCUCAUUUUGAACUCUAGCAUCGCGGGCAUAUACCCUGUUCGGUUCUGCCCUAUAUAUACUGCUGCAAAACACGGGGUCGUCGGAUUUGCUAGGGCUAUCUCUCGCCACUUCUAUGAUAAUGAUGGCAUUAGGGUUAACACUCUGUGUCCUGGAAACGUCAGGACCAACCUGUUCGAGAAGAAUGAAUGGGAUGCUUUUGACAAUGAAUGGAUUGAGUUGUCACAGAUUGUAAAGGUCGUGGAAUUGAUGCUCUUUGAUGAGAAGAUGCAAGGACAAGUUAUAGAAGCUGCGCCCGAAAAUUACUAUGUCAUUGAGCCACUGACGUACAAUGAUCCUAAUGUCAAACGUACGCUUGAUGGAACCGUUGUGGAUUCUAUUGGGAAAUAAGUUGUGGGAGACAUAUCAGAAUAGUGCUAUAAAUUAAGUCAGUAGACGCAAAUCUGUA